AUGAGUGAACAGUCAAAGGGCCAUGCCCCUCCAUCAUUAUGCCAAGGCUCAGGUCAUCUAACUGCCCUGCAUCAAAGUUCCAUGGUGGGGAACAGUGAGACCAUGGCAGCACUGAUUCAGGGAGGCUGUGCUGUGGACCUGCAGGACAGAGAUGGCAACACUGCGCUCCAUCAGGUGUCCUGGCAUGGAUUCUCACAGUGUGUCAAACUGUUGGUCAAAACAGGAGCUGAUGUACACAUCAAGAACAAGGCAGGAAACACAGCACUUCACCUGGCAUGUCAAAACGCACACGCUGAAACCGCUCGCCUUCUGUUGCUUGGAGGAUCCACACCGGACACCAAGAACAAUGUGGGUGACACCUGUUUGCACGUGGCUGCCCGCUACAACAACCUGACCCUGGUGAAAAUGCUGCUGAGUUCACUGUGCUCUGUGACAGAGACAAACCAGGGAGGAGACACAGCUCUUCAUGUGGCUGCAGCUCUAAACCAUAAGAAAACAGUUCAGCUCUUACUGGAUGCUGGGACUGAUUGCAAAAUUAGAAACAAAGCGGGGAAAACAGCCCUGGACAAGGCCAAAGACAAUAAUCACAAAGACGUGGCGCUUCUCUUGGCCAGAGCUCCUCAGGUAGAACACGUCCUGAGAGGAAGUACAGUAAGGAAGAGAAGAGUAAAGCUGGCAGUAAAACAAAGGAUCCAGUCUGUCAGUCGAGUAGAAACACUACCACACAAAGUAAGUAACUUAAGUUUUGAAAUAUUUCAUGGCAUACCUGCUGUGGUGGAGAAAACUAGCAGCAGGACAGCGGUCAAGGAUUUGGAUGAAGAUGAUGAUUUUCACACUAAGAAGGAUCUGCUUUGUGAUAAUGCUGAAGAUAGUUCCAAACAGAAUGGAAAAACCUAUCAGCUUUACACGCUAUAUCGUGACAAGGAAGGCAACAUUAAGCAGGCACCAGCCAGUAGGUGCCACUGCAAGCCCCUGCUUAAGAUGCUGGAGGGCCAGCUGGAAACCAUGCAGGGGGAGAUGAGGCUGCACAUCCUGAAUGUCCAAGAACAGGUCAACAGUAGGUUGGAAAAAAUGGACCGUAAGACCAGGCAUCAGAUUAAAGUGUUGGAUAUGCUGAACCAGGAAAGAGUGGCAGCAGAGAGGCAGAGCAUGAUUCACAUGAUGGAACAGAAAGCUGCUGAAUGCAGAGAGGAAGUCCUGAUGUCACAGGCAGCAGUGAAACAUAAACUGAAGAGGUGGUGUAUAUCUCACCUCAAAGACAUGGACGGCCACAUCCCAGCUGAAACCCAGCAUUACAAACUUCUGCCAUCACCAUUGGUGGAGCAGUCAGCGGCAGAAGCUAACCCAGAAUUACUGCCCCUACUGUCUGGAGACAGCAACACUUCACUGGCCACCUAUGUCAACACCUUGCCAUCUCAAUCUGCCUUUAGUAUGGGAUGCCCAGAGCAGGAGCAGAUGGGGAGUAGAACAUACUUUGAAAUGAAAGUGGACAGGUCACUAGGUAUGUGGAGAAAUGACUAUGAGAACGCAGGCCUUUUUCCUCUGCCUGCCAAGUGUGAGGAGGCCGUCUCAAGCAGCAGCAAGCAAUCCUGCUUCAGCGACCCUAGAUCCAGUCAGAUCCCACAUCAGGAACACAGCUUUAGCAGACAACACAAAGAACACUUUGGAACGCUGAUGAAUGCCAGCAGCCAUGCAGGAAUAUAUGCUGACAGCAUCACGACACAUGAAUCCUUCACUGAUCAUCCCUCUGAGCCUACAUUUAGCAAGGAGAGGAACAAUCUGCACACUAUAGAGGUGACUCAGCGUUUCUUUGAGACAGUGUCAGCUCAGCUGGAACGUUGGUGUGAGAGAAAGAUCUUGGAGGUGGAGCAGCAGACUGAGCUCAGAGCGCAACAGGACAGGAAGAAGCUACUGGAGCGAAUCAGCAUGCUAGAGGAGGAGCUUCAAAGGCUGAAAACCAAUUAAAAUGUAGAAAACUGAUGCACUCUGACAGGGAUCAAUGCUGGAGGGAGACUAAAUGCUUUCAACUAGGCUGGAAAAUGA